GUGCCCAUGAGUGGUCAGUUAAUAAUAAUUUUAGGCCGGAAACUUAAUACGAGGGACAAUCGUGACGUAUUUAUUAUAAAUAAUCCUUUCUCACAAUUUUAAUUGCAUUAUAUUUCUAAUACCAUUACGAUCAACAUCUAUCAAACUCAUCGCCUGCUAUAUCUUUGGAAUCAGUAAUUUCCGAAGCUUUAUUUUUUUUCAAGUACAAAAUUAAAUAAAUAGCCUGUCAAUGUAUAUGCAUAGAUUUUGUGCAGGAGAGUUACGUUUUUGUUGAAAAGUUUGAAUUAAUCAUCUGAUUCUUUGUUGUGUGAAUGCAAUAUCAGUGGCAUUGACGAUAGAUGGAAGUUGUUAAAUCAAGUCUUUUAGGACUUUGAAUAUUGAUUGUUUAUUGGAUGUACAAGUGGAAUAAUCAAGUUGAAGAUCAGGUGUGAGUAUAGGCUAAUGGGAUUCCUUGAUCUACUCCUUGUGGCACUGAUUCCGGUUAUAAAAGUGCUUUUCAUUACCGGAGUUGGCUUGUUUCUUGCUUUAGAUCGUGUCAAUCUGUUGGGACCAGACGCCAGAAACCAUUUGAACAAAAUUGUAUUCUAUGUGUUUGGCCCUGCACUUGUGGCAACGAACUUGGCUCAAACCAUAACCUAUGAAAGCUUAGUGACAUUGUGGUUCAUGCCGGUGAAUAUUUUGCUCACAUUCAUGAUUGGGUCAGCACUUGCUUGGCUUCUUAUAAAAAUCACUAGAACUCCUAAACACCUCCAAGGCAUGGUCAUUGGUUGUUGUUCUGCUGGGAAUUUAGGAAAUUUGCCACUCAUUAUAGUUCCUUCAGUCUGUGAGGAAUCAAAUAAUCCAUUUGGAGAAUCAUCCACUUGUUUUUCAAAUGCCCAGGCCUAUGCUUCACUGUCUAUGGCGACAGGAGCCAUCUUUAUAUGGUCAUAUGUGUAUGGCAUUAUGCGUUCAUACGCAAACAACUACAAAGAAGCUGGGUUAACCAUCAACAUCAACUCUUCACAAAAAAAUUCCUACUCGGAAUCAGAUUUGGAAACUUGCCGAGAACCUUUACUACCCUCAAAGGAUUGGAUUGCUGCUUCAGAUGAAUAUUCAGUACAACAACAGCCUCACGGCAAUUUUGAAACACAAGAAAAGAUUUCAGCUUUGAGGAAGAGAUUUCAAUGCAUAACUAUGACCAUGAAGAAGAUUAACCUAAAGGAAGUGUUUGCACCAUCAGCAAUUGCAGGAAUGGUUGGAUUCUUCAUCGGGACAGUCUCACCAAUCCGACAAAUACUAAUUGGUGCCGAUGCUCCUCUUCGUGUUAUCGAGAAUUCUAUAAAUUUGCUUGGGGACCCAACAGUUGCAUGUAUGACCUUGCUGGUGGGAGCAAAUCUUCUAAAAGGUUUAACAAGAUCAGAUAUUCGUCCUUCAAUCAUUAUAGGGAUAAUAGCUGUGAGGAACGUAUUCAUGCCUCUCUUGGGCAUCGGUGUUGUUAAAGCUGCACAGCAUUUGGGCUUGGUUGGAACAGACGCCUUGUUCCAGUUUGUUCUAAUGCUUCAGUAUGCCCUUCCGCCUGCCAUGGCUGUAGGCACAAUGACACAACUAUUUCAGAUGGGUCAAAGUGAAAGUUCAGUAAUAAUGCUAUGGACAUAUGUUGUAGCAGCAUUCUCCCUCACCCUUUGGUCAACGGUUUUCAUGUGGCUUUUAUUUUGAUUUGGUUUGGAAAUUAUUGGUUCACAUAUACAUGUUUCUCUAUUGACGAAUUUAAUAUUUUACUUUUUCUCAAGUACUGAAUCUCAUUGACAUGGAAAUCAAAUUCCUUCUCUCUUCCUACCAUCUCCUAUAGGUAGAUUUAUUCCGAUUAUUAUUUUGAAAUGGAGUAUUUAUCAAAAUA